AUGUCACGCGUAGUCCUUCCCGACGAACUUAUCUCAGAAGUCCUAUCAAGCCUUCCGGUGAAAUCUAUUUUGCGAUUCAAAUGCGUCUGCAAAUCAUGGGAAUUCCUCGAUUCCGAUCCUUUCUUCAUCGAAAAGCAACUUCAACAAUCACAAAAAAGAAACAUGCAUCUGGCGCUGAUCUUGUGCAAGAAUUCAUGUACUGCUUCCUAUUAUUACGAUAGGGACAGUUCCGUGGUACCCUUUCCUCUCAACAGGUUACUUCAUAAUCCAUCCAUAACCAUCACCGUUCUCCCUUCGUACAGAUUGAACUACAAACGCUGCUUCCGAGUUAUCGGUUCCAUCAAUGGAUUGCUCUGUUUGUUUGAUUCUUAUAUAACUACUUCUACUCCAUAUGGUUCUCGUGAUCGAAACACCUCGUUUCGUCUCUGGAACCCCGCCACCAAGAAAAUAUCUCAGUUUUUAGGCAAUCUUACUCAUCCAGAUAGCCAUGCUUAUUACUCCCACGAAGACCGAUCUAACUAUCUCAGGUUCGCCUUUGGUUAUGAUAAAUCAACAGACACUUAUAAGGUAGUGGCAUAUUGUCCUAAUCAGGUGAAAAUUUUCACCUUUGGUGAUAAUGUUUGGAAAAAUAUUCAAUGUUUUCCAAUAGUUCCUUUCUAUCAUGUCGCUAUUGUUCGUCAUACAAACCAGCGUGUGAACGAAGGCGUGUAUUUAAAUGGCACUGUUAACUGGUUGGCCAUUCCAAAUUCUGAAUAUUUUUGGAGGAAAUACGAAGCCGAAGAUAUUCCGAGAAUAGAUCAAUUUGUGAUUGUUUCGUUGGAUCUGGCUAUGGAGACAUACCUCCACUUGCUUCCGCCUUCAGGUUUAGUUGAAGUCCCAUCUAUUUUGCCAACUAUUGCCGUGUUGAGGGACUGUCUUUGUUUUUCAUAUCAUAUUGAGAGCACCCAUUUUGUUAUAUGGAUGAUGAUGGAAUUCGGAGACCAAGAGUCUUGGACUCAAUUUCUUAAAAUUAGUUAUGAUGAUCUUCAAAUUGAUUAUGAUUCUCGAAGGUAUAAUUAUGACUAUAUGAUGUACCCGUUGUGCCUUUCUGAGGACGGUGAAACAAUUGUAUUAGCAAACAGUCAUGAAGAACAGGCAUUUCUCUAUAAUUGGAGAGAUAAUAGAGUAGAAAAGACUAGAAUUACAAACAAUGUUUUGUGGAUGUUUUCCCUAAAUUAUAUCGAAAGCUUGGUUACGACGGGUUGA